UAAUUAGUCAUCUGUGAGCUGUCAACAAAUUGUUACUGCGGUGUCGAAGGUUAAUUUUAAACUCUCUUCUCAGGAAUAAAAUAUUAUUAAAAAAUAAAAAUAAAACACUUCCAAAUUCAAUUUAAACAUUCAAAUAACUUAUUCCGUUCAAAUACCACCAGAAUUGCAGAAGUUUUCCAUCGUGACAACCCCCCAAAAGAAAACCUUCGCGCAUCAGGCCACAUAAAAAGCACGCAAAAAACUAUUGUACACAAAAUUAACAAAAAGAAAGAAAAAAAGUCGCUGGUCAAGCUCAAAUAAUUGUUUGAAGAAAAUUUUAGUCAAAAUUAACUCAAUUAGGUGGAAACAAACACUGAUGCCAGGAUUUCAUCUCAAUGAAAUGGGCGAAAUGGUUUUGGACGCAGUUGACGACAUUGGAGUCGUUGAUGUCUAUGAUUUAGCAUCAGAUAUUGGCAAAGAAUAUGAGAAAAUUAUCGAUCAAUUUGGUCCUGAAGCAGUCACAGGGCUGAUGCCAAAAAUAAUUAAUACACUCGAGCUGUUGGAGGCUUUGGCUACGAAAAACGAGCGAGAAAACGCCGCUAUUCAAGAGUUGACUGACAAAAUAUCACAGUUAGAAAGUGAAAAAAAUGAAAAGGCUGAAUUUCGUAAAAGAUUUGAUAAGGAAUUGGAAGUUAUUGAGGAACAGUGGCGCGGUGAGACCAAUGAGCUGGUUGAAUUGGUUAGCACUCUUCAGGAGGAAAACAAGCGCUUAGUUAAACAGACACAAGAUCUGCAGUCGGCGUCUGCACAAUCAUCUGGAUUGGGCGCAAGCUUGACCGAGAGUUUUAUGUCGGUAACUAAUAAUGAGCUAACAACGGCUUUAUCCGACACACAAGUGCUGCAGCGUCUCAAGGAGCAGAUAUACAAGCAGCGUGAUGAGCUAAAAAAGAGGGAUCGAGAAUUGCAGGAAAAAUAUUUGGAUAUUGAAAAUUUAAACAUCCAAAUGGACCGACUUAAGAACUCCGGUCGUGAGACACGUCGUCGUCAUAAACAACUUCAACUUCAAGUUAAAACUCUGUGUGAAGAACGUGCGGAUUUCUUAGCCCAAUUACAAGAUCAACACCGUGACAUUAUGCAACUACGCAAACGUUUGGGAAUUGCCGAAAAAGAAAAUGAAGAUUUGGUCAAAUCGCAAGACGAAAAUGAUCCAAAUCGACCUCGUUACACAACAUUAGAACUAAAAGAAAUAAUGAACGAACGUGAUGAAUUACUCACAGCAAUUGAUAAUCUCAAUGAAGAAUUGAAAAGUUUAAAACCAGAUGAUAGUUUAAUAGAACCUGAAGAUGAAGACGAAGAUGACAAAAAACCGGAUCAAUGUGAAGCACCUCUGGGAUAUGAUGCUCCAGUACAAGGUCCACUUCCUUAUGAACCUGAUGAUGCACCCUGGAAAAAAUCAUCUGAAUCUGGAAUAAGAAAAUUUUUCAGAAAGCUAUUUUAUGAACCUGAUGGUAUGAACCCAAAACGUUCCUUAGCUACGCUGUCAAAAAUGGCUCUAUCAGCUACCCCAACUAAUAAUGCGCGCUUGUAAGCUUACCCAACCCAGGUGACUAUGUUUAAAUACAAACUCAAUUAAACAAAGAAAACCAAUAAUAUGGUUUUGCGCAGUACAUUAGGACUUGAUAGAUCCUUUCUUCCCUAUAACUAAAUUAUAUAUUAAACUCUACCAAUUAGUAUUACAUUUUUAUUUAUUUAUUAUUUUAAACCACCCGAAGAACCAAACAAAGCACUUAUUUCUAAAAAUUAUUAAUGUUUUUAUUUAUUUUAUAUUCUAUUCUAUUCUACACAUACAAAUCUAAUGUUAAAGUAAAGAAAAAAGAAAGCAAAAGAAACAAAUUUAAAAAUACAAACAAUUACAAAAGAAAUACAAAAAACAAAAAACAAAACACACGCAUACACAUUUUAACUUAUCGUAUUGUAUUAACAUCUAGUCUGAGAGUGUUUAAAGCUCAAAUUUUUUGAUAGAAAUUUCUUAGAAUGAACAAAAUGAAAAUAGAAUUAAAAAAGAAAUAGAAAAAGAAACAAUUUUAGGUCGUUGCAGUUAAAAAUAAAAUAAAACCAAAUCAUUUUGAAUACAUUAGUAGGUUAGUUAUAGACGAAAUGGAAUGGAAAUAAAGUAUUUAUAUACAAUAAUAUUUUAAUUGACAAAAAUAUAAUUAUUUUACUUUUUUAUGCUUUUAUUUGAGAAACAUAACGUAUUUACAUACAAACAAACACGAUCCCGAUAUCAGGACGAUAUAUUUUGUAUUGAUCGAAUUAUUUUCGUGGAGUCAAUAUAUUUAAAAAACAUUAUUCGACCAUUUUUUUAAAAGCAAUUUAUAUUAAUAAUUAUUUAUGAAAGCCCUUGUAACUUUUACCUUAAUGCCUUGUUUCAAUCUUAAAUUGUGAACCUCAAUUUUUAUUAAUUUGAUUGGGUAAUUUUAGCAUUAUACUUUCGAUUCACUUAAAGCCUUUAACUCUUUCAGUCACGAUUGUAUACUAAGAAUAUUUUGUCAUUUCUGUUUUACUUUUAUAAUAAAAAUCGACUAAAAUAUAGCAGAAAAUAUUUUAAAAAAAACCGGAUUACUAAAGUUUUCGAGAAAUGAGGUGGUUAGCAACCCUAACCACAAUGACUAUUGACGAAGAGAAAACUAUGAUGGAUUGUUAAUACUUUUUAUUAUUAAUUAAUAUUUCUUUCACGAAAUUAAAUUAUAAACUUAUAACUACUUGGUAUGAAAAUCUGCAAAACAGGUUUUUCCUUUGCGAAUGCAAAGGGGAACUUUGCACGUAUUGCACUG